AAACUUCCUGGUUCACAUAGUUGGCAACCCUAAGUCAUCUUAAGACGAACGGCAAAUAGGCUGAUACAUUUUUUAAUUUCUAUCAUACUGUAAGUACAUAUUUUUUUCACUAGCAGUAUUCAUUACAUUUCAGCCCAACCAUGUAUGCAAAUGUGUGCCGUGAACCGUGGACCUACUUCUGGCCCAUCUUUCAAGAGGGGAUUUCCUGUAACUAGCUGUAAAGAUUAUAACAAGACAAUUCGAAAAGUCUGUAGGUCUCAAGUUGAUGCUAAGAUGAUACGUUUUGGGGUACUUUUUCAGCUCUUCUUCCUCCUUUCUUUGGCAAAUACUGAUGAAGAAAAAGAAAAUUCAACUUCAGUGGUCAAGACAGAAAUACCAUCUGCAGUGUCAACAAUUUCUACAAUGGCCACUCCCAUUUCAACAAAAGGAACAAAGAAUACGCGAACAGUCCCAGUGACCAAGAACCUCACUAAGCCAAACUAUGAUGCAAGGACCUGCAAUGAGUCUGCUAAGGCAAAGAUGAAUAUAUUGGACUUAUUGGUGAAAACUGUCCAGGAUCUUCGGGUCAUCGCUGCGUUUGGGAUUGGUGUCACGCUGACUACAAUCAUCUGGGGUCUGGCUCUACUCUGCUGCAGAUGCAAAAGAAGGAAUUCUUUAAAUGUGUCUGACACACUGGAGAUGGUGAGCACCCAAGCACUAAAAGUGAAUGGACCACAGGAUGAAGGUACACAAACAGAGGAUGAUGGGACUGCAUGUAAGCCUGAAGUAGAGUAUUCGGACAUAGAUUUCUCUGCUCUGCGGGACAGAAGUGUGAAAGAGGUCAAACCACAAGAGACCGCAGAGAGCGAAUACGCUGAAAUCAAAAGAGAAGUAACUGACACUGAGCCAAGUCAAGGGGAGGAGCACGGAGGAGAAGGGGGGGAGAGGGGAGGAGAGGGGGAGGAGCAAGAAGGAGGAAGGAAGGAGUGGAGAGGAGAAGGGGAGGGAGGAGAGGAGUGGGGAGGAGAAGGGGAGGGAGGAGAGGAGUGGGGAGAAGAAGAGUGGCAAGAAAUCUUUGACACCCCAACAUGUGAGCAGAAAGAGGAGGAAACUUUGGGUCUGAUGACAGAGGAGAAUGAUGAAGAAACCUGAUUUCAAAAUUUGGUUUAGACCGAGUUGCGUGGGGUAGCUCCUGUCAAACUAGAUUAAGAAAUUGUAGGUGUGACUAACUGAGUAAGUAGAAGAAGCUGUAAGAUUAUAACAGAUCAAUCUUGGGCGAGGUUGAAACCGAAAUACAUUAUUAUAUUAAUUUGAAGACUUACAGUACAUUAGAAUUCAUUCAGAUUAAUUAACUAAUUAUGCAAUUUUUCUCUUUUGUCUUUUUUUUUUUUUCUUGUUUUUUUUUGUAAUUGUCUUUUUUGUUGUUGUUUUGUCCAAAACCCAUCAAGGCCAGGCCAAAGGAAAUUGUAACUAAAAAGACACAAUCAUAGUAUAAGACAUAGAAAGUUCAUGAUUAUUUAUAAUAAUGUUUUUUUUUUUUUUUUGUUUGUUUGUUUGUUUGUUUUUUAAAUGUGUGUAACUAAGCUUAUGUAAAGCUUUGUUAAAUGUCCAGACUUUCAUGUUAAAAGGUUAAAAUGUGUUUUUGAGGUGACUCUUUAAGUCACAUUGAGCCACUGAGGCAGUGGGCUGACCUGUUUAUCUGAUCUCAGUUGUUAUGCAACAUGUCUCCAGCAGAGUGCGCUGUGACCGCGCUCCCAUGGAGGCUCAUGAGAAAUACAAGUGCUUAUGUAUGAUAAUAUUAUACUGUAACUUUUAAAAUACUCCUGGGUGAGUGACAGAGGUCAAACCUACUUUUGACAAGGUGUCCACAUCUGAUGAGUAGACUCGUGCCAGAUAUUAUUAAUAAAAAUGCAAUUUUUAAUGUAUGUAAUUAGUACAAAUGGUUCAUUUUGACUACAAAAGGAACUGGACUGCUCGCUUUAGCUGCUGAUGUGAAUUGCUUGCUAACAUGCUAACAUGUAUUUGGCCUAGAUAAGCAUCGCGUGAGACCUGGAGAGGGGACAGCGUGUACUGGGAAUUACUUUUAAGCUAGAAGGACCUGCAUGCUCAUGUAUUAUGUUAAAGGUGCAUUGUGUAAUUUUUCUGGUGGAGGGUCCCUCCAAUACUUUUCUUCGUGAAGAUGUUCUUGCUUUGUCUGGAAUGUUUGUUUAAUAUGUAGAAAAACCUCUCUACCUUCACAGAGACCAAGUUACAGAUCAGCUCUGUGGGGAGGCAACCCCGCCCUCAGUCAGAAUGUCUGUUUUUCUUGGUAUUUUUAAGUUAUAAAACCACCUGUAAUUGACUAAAUGUAAGGCUGAGCUGUUUAAUGUCAUACUGUGGAACAUUCGAGGCAAAGCAGUGACAUAUCCAUAGAAACAAGCAGGUGACGGAUCUCCAACCAAAGUUACACAGUGCACCUUUAAAGAGAAUACAAUUAUUGUUAAUCUUGAUUGUAUUAAUUAAUGUAAACAAUUGAUUUGAUUAACCGUCAUUUGUAUGAAUCCUUUUAAUGCCCUUUAGUUUAGAUGAUAUGGCUAUAUGAAGUAUAAAAAUCAGAAAGUAAAUAUGUGGAAAAAAAAUAAUAAUUAAAUUGUGUAGAGUGA